UGGAGGGGACGGGGUCACACAGCCAUGGCGGCCUCCGUGUUCUGCAGCCGGCAGUUGGCCGCGGCGGUCCUGAGGAGCCAUCAGCCCCGUUCCGCGCUGCGUUCCGCCGCCCAGGUUCUCGGCAAUUCUGGAUUGUUUAAUAAUUAUGGACUCCAAGUACUACAGAAGAAACAGCAAAGAAAUCUCUCACUACAUGAAUAUAUGAGUAUGGAGUUGUUAGAGGAAGCUGGUGUCGCUGUUCCUAAAGGAUUCGUGGCAAAGUCAUCAGAUGAAGCUUAUGCAAUUGCCAAAAAAUUAGGUUCAAAGGAUGUUGUGAUUAAAGCUCAGGUUUUAGCUGGAGGCAGAGGAAAAGGAACAUUUGAAAGUGGCCUCAAAGGAGGAGUGAAGAUAGUUUUCUCUCCUGAAGAAGCAAAAGCUGUUUCCUCACAGAUGAUUGGGAAAAAAUUGGUUACCAAGCAAACGGGAUCAAAGGGCAGAAUAUGCAAUCAAGUUUUGAUCUGUGAGCGAAAGUAUCCCAGGAGAGAAUACUACUUUGCAAUAACAAUGGAAAGGUCAUUUCAAGGUCCUGUGUUAAUAGGAAGUGCACAAGGUGGUGUUAACAUUGAAGAUGUUGCUGCUGAAAACCCUGAAGCCAUAGUUAAAGAACCUGUUGAUAUCAUGGAAGGCAUCAAAAAGGAACAAGCUGUCUCACUUGCACAGAAAAUGGGAUUUCCAUCUUCUGUUGUGGAUUCUGCAGCAGAAAACAUGAUGAAGCUUUAUAACCUUUUUCUGAAAUAUGAUGCAACCAUGGUAGAAAUAAAUCCAAUGGUAGAAGAUUCAGAUGGAGAUGUGCUGUGUAUGGACGCAAAGAUCAAUUUUGAUUCAAAUUCAGCCUUUCGCCAGAAGAAAAUCUUCGCUCUUCAGGAUUGGACCCAGGAAGAUGAAAGGGACAAAGCAGCAGCUAAUGCAAACCUCAACUACAUUGGCCUUGAUGGAAACAUAGGCUGUCUCGUAAAUGGUGCUGGUUUGGCUAUGGCCACAAUGGAUAUAAUAAAACUUCAUGGAGGGACUCCAGCCAACUUUCUUGAUGUUGGUGGUGGUGCCACAGUCCAUCAAGUAACAGAAGCAUUUAAACUUAUCACUUCAGAUAAAAAGGUCCUGGCUAUUCUGGUCAACAUUUUUGGAGGAAUCAUGAGAUGUGAUGUCAUUGCACAGGGCAUAGUCAUGGCAGUAAAAGAUUUGGAAAUUAAAAUACCUGUUGUGGUAAGGUUACAAGGUACAAGAGUUGAUGAUGCGAAGGCACUAAUAGCAGACAGUGGACUUAAAAUUCUUGCUUGUGACGACUUGGAUGAAGCUGCUAAGAUGGUUGUAAAGCUGUCCGAAAUAGUGACCUUAGCUAAGCAAGCCCAUGUGGAUGUGAAAUUUCAAUUGCCAAUCUGAUUCAAGAACCUCGUGGAUGGAUGGCAGUGUUAAAUGUGCUAUAUAAUUCAUUAAAAUACUGUGGUCUGUGUUAUUGUUUCUUUUUAUGUGGAGAUUGUAGUUACCACACAGGUACACAAACUUUGGAAAGCAUUUGGUCAGCAUUUAAUUUCAUUCUGCUGUUCAGAAUGGGCUGUUUGUAUAGAAUGUGUGAUACAAGUUUCUAGUUGCUUUAGUUGCAGCCAUCUUUUUUCCUUCUACAGAAUGUCACUUAUGGUAUGCCUGUUUACUAUUGUUGGACACAAGUUCUUCAUUGAUAAAGAGUCUUAUAAAUAAAACAAGUAUGAAGAUAAAGCUUUAUUCUUUAGUAUGAAAAUAUAUCUCUAAUAACUAGUUUCAAUAGGAGAGCAGAAUGUUAAAACAAUGUUUUAUAUAGGAACUAUUUAUCUUCAGCACCAAAUACAUCAUAAAUGUAUCACUAUUUAUAAAUAGAACUUUCAAACACUCCUCAGAAUAGUUUUCUAAGCAUUUUAAUGAAGUAACUUGUUAAUUAUGUAAAAAUUGUUUUAAUCACUGCAUGACAAUGGCAAUUGCAAGUCUUCAUGAUUCUGUGGUGUUACCAAACACUUGCAGGUUUGUAUGAAAUGAAGACAGAUUUACUAAAGAAUUGGUAGGCAAAAUUACAAAUGCCAUUUUAAGUUAAUAAAAAGUUCCCAUUGUGAUUUGAA